GGAGUCAUUUUCAAGUGUUGUCGUAUUAGAUUCCUCAUAUGCUAUAAGUAGGUGGAUAAGAUAACACCCUCAUUGCUCAAAAAGAAAACCAAGUAACUCGGGAAAUAUUGAAUAUGGCUAUUCACAAAGUUAGUUACCUUGCUCUCCUACUUCUAUUUGGAAUGAUUCUGCUUGUGAGCAUUGUCGAACAUGCAGAUGCCAAGAUUUGCACGAGAGAAUGCAAUCUGAGCAUUGCAUACGGGAUUUGCCCACGUGCUGGAAUAAGCGACAAAAUUGAUCUUAGUCAAAUGUGCAUUAAUUGUUGUUCAGGGAAAAAGGGAUGUAACUACUAUAGAUCAGACGGAACUUUUAUUUGUGAAGGAGAGUCAGUGUAUGUAAGUGAGGUGGUGAAUCGUUCAGGAAAGCCUUGUACUUUGAAUUGUGACCCUAGAAUUGCCUAUGGGAUUUGCCCAUAUUCACAAAGUAAAAGGAUUAAUCUUGAUCGCAUAUGCACCAAUUGUUGCGCAGGAAAAAAGGGAUGUAACUAUUUCAGUGCUGAUGGAACUUUUAUUUGUGAAGGAGAGUCAGUAUAUGUAAGUGAGGUGGUGAAUCAUCCAGGAAAGCCUUGUACUUUGAAUUGUGACCCUAGAAUUGCCUAUGGGAUUUGCCCAUAUUCACAAAGUAAAAGGAUUAAUCUUGAUCGCAUAUGCACCAAUUGUUGCGCAGGAAAAAAGGGAUGUAACUAUUUCAGUGCUGAUGGAACUUUUAUUUGUGAAGGAGAGUCAGUAUAUGUAAGUGAGGUGGUGAGUCAUCCAGGAAAGCCUUGUACUUCGAAUUGUGACCCUAGAAUUGCCUAUGAGAUUUGCCCAUAUUCACAAAGUAAAAGGAUUAAUCUUGAUCGCAUAUGCACCAAUUGCUGCGCAGGAAAAAAGGGAUGUAACUAUUUCAGUGCUGAUGGAACUUUCAUUUGCGAAGGAGAGUCUGAAUAUGUAAGUGAGGUGGAGAAUGAUCUCUAAAAAUACAAGGUUGCUGUUUCCUAAUCAGUAAUCUCCAUGUACUCUAUGUAUGAAAUAAAGACAUGACUAUAAAUAUGCUAUGUCAUGCAUGUAAUCUGUAAUAUGGCUCAGUGGUUCUAUCCACAGCAUGUGCUAAUUAUCAAUGUGUUUAAUAAUGGAUGUAGUACUAGUUUGUUCCU